UUGACUUUACAAUUUAUAUAAAUGUAAACAUCAAAGUCAUAAAAUGUUUUUAAAGACUUGCAAGUAGGUUAAUAAUAAAAAUUAGAAAAAAAUUAAAAAUAAUAAUGAAAAACCUUGAAGCCGAACGUAUGAAUCCCUGUUUAAAGGAGCAGGAAAAAUCUUAUGAAUGCUUGAACAAGAAUAAUUUUGUGCAAGAAAAAUGCGAAGCCUAUUUCGAUAAUUACAAUACAUGUAAAAAAUUCUGGGGUAAAGUGUCCAAAGAUAGGAGAGCUAGAGGUUUGACACCUUAUUUACCAGAUGUUGCAGAUAGAGAUAGAAUAAAAGGAGAGUAUUUGCAGAAAAUUAAAAACAAUACAUUAUAAAUUACAUAAAAAUAUUACAAACUAUUAAAUUAAAAUUACUUAUACAAUAUUAUAAACUAUAAAACUGCCAUAACAAUAAAUGAUUAUCAAUUUAACAUGUUAGCGAUUCAAUGUACUCUGUGGUACAGGUAGAACACAAGCCCAGUUUAAUAUUCUGAAUUCUGAUACAACCUGAUUGAGAAAUAAGUUAUUACUGUAUUUUUAAAUAUUAUUAAUCCAUAGACACAAGUAUUCAGGUUGUGAAUGUAUUUUGCCAUGCUUGUACAUCUGCAAGGUUGUUACACCUCCACAUUUUAACUACUGAACCCAUCAUCAUGAAAUUUUACAUACACACAGAAAAGGACAUAUGGUACCUAACACUUCACAUGCUAGUUUUUUAGUAGUAAGUUAUUUAUACCAAUCAUUAUGCAGUUAUGUUGGGUGGUUAAAAUCUCUUGAACAUUAAACCAAACCAUAGUCCAUUCAUGAAGAAAAUGGUAAGUCAUCAAGUGCAACUACAGGGAAAGGUGUUUUCUUUUUUUUUAAAUUUUUAAAAAAUUUUAUAUCACUAGUAAAAUCAGUAUCACUAGAAUAUUCGUUUCUAUUUAUUAUAAAAUAAUUUUCUUAUAAUUUUAAUUGCUAUCGAGUCUCAUUUAAACCGCACAGUUUUAAGUAUUUAAAAACAUUGUAAAGCUCAUCUUUUUCCGCUAUGAAUUAUCGAUGUUUUAUUCUUACGAAUAGGUAAAAUAUUCAUUUUUAAAAUUUAGGUAGGUAACGAAACUGUUUCGUACGAAAGUCUGUCUUUAACUGGUAAUGGUAAUUGCGCACUUGAGUGCAUAAUUUUAUGCGACCUGAUUGGUCAGGUGUUUAGGCCGGCGACAUACGAUGACUAUUUUCUUAACGCGAAUGGACAAAAGGAUCCAAAUAUUUUAUAUGCCGUUUUAAUUUUUCACAUUUAAUUUCUGAUGCAUUUUAUUUCAAAGACUGCUUCCUUCAAAUUAUUCAGCAUUAAAAAUAAUGUAAACAACCAUAUUUUAUUAAGAAAUAAAAAUUCUAAACAUA